UUUUCUUUUACUAUUUUCUGUUUCUGAAAAGAAAGUAUAACCGGUAAUCUGAUAAAAAGUUGAAAGUAUAUUCUCUGAAUUUGAAGCUAAGAAUGCAAACUCUCACAGAAAAAAAUUAAUAAAAUAAAGGGGGGAAAAGGCCCCCAAACAACAAACAAAACAAAAAAAAGGAAGACAGAGUUGUUAAAUACUAAGAAUAAGUGAGAAUACGUCCUUAAUUCUCAUUAUGACAAGCCAAGACGAUGGAAUAUUAGCCUAUGAAUCCAUAUAUAUUUUGAGCUACAGGUGAAUUUAUCAAGGAUUUCUCUAUGUAAGUAGCUAUGGCUGUCCUGGAACUUGUUCUGUUGACCAGACUGUCCCAGAACUCAAGAGAUGUGCCUGCCUCUGGCUCAGAGUGCUGAAAUAAAAGUUUUCGUCCCAGCCCACGGAACAAGCCGCAAGAGGAAAGGCUAUUGGUGGAGAGCGCAGCCAAUGGGCGAGCCUGUUACUAGCCUGCGCCGUGUGCGGCGUAGGAGCGGCGCUUGAGGCCUGGAAGCGUUCCGCGGCCUGCCGGGUCAGCACCAUGAGCUCCAUCGGCACUGGGUAUGACUUGUCAGCCUCUACGUUCUCUCCUGAUGGAAGAGUUUUCCAAGUUGAAUAUGCCAUGAAGGCUGUGGAAAACAGUAGUACAGCUAUUGGGAUCAGAUGUAAAGAUGGUGUUGUGUUUGGGGUAGAAAAACUAGUCCUUUCUAAACUUUAUGAAGAAGGCUCCAAUAAACGUCUUUUUAAUGUUGAUCGACAUGUUGGAAUGGCAGUUGCAGGUUUGCUGGCAGAUGCUCGUUCAUUAGCAGACAUAGCGAGAGAAGAAGCAUCCAACUUUAGGUCCAACUUCGGCUAUAACAUUCCUCUAAAACAUCUUGCAGACAGAGUGGCCAUGUAUGUACACGCCUAUACACUCUACAGCGCUGUUAGACCUUUUGGCUGCAGUUUCAUGUUGGGGUCUUACAGUGCGAAUGAUGGUGCACAGCUCUAUAUGAUCGACCCAUCAGGUGUUUCAUAUGGUUACUGGGGCUGUGCGAUUGGCAAAGCCAGGCAGGCUGCAAAGACAGAGAUAGAAAAGCUUCAGAUGAAGGAAAUGACUUGCCGUGAUGUAGUUAAAGAAGUUGCAAAAAUAAUUUACAUAGUACACGAUGAAGUUAAGGAUAAAGCUUUUGAACUGGAGCUCAGCUGGGUUGGUGAAUUAACUAAAGGAAGACAUGAAAUUGUUCCCAAAGACAUAAGAGAGGAAGCAGAGAAAUAUGCCAAGGAAUCUUUGAAGGAAGAAGAUGAAUCAGAUGAUGACAAUAUGUAAUAUUUUCUUCCCCAUCCGCUGGUUUACAUUUCUGUAACAGUUGCAUAUGGCUAGCACCAUGGACUAUAUAUACCCACUGACCGAUUUUCAUUAAAUUUUGUCUUAUAAACAUUGUUGGGUAAUUGAAGCUAUCUGUGUAAUAUUAAAAUAUAGAUUGAUGUUUGAUUAAAAAUUCUUAGAACUGGGCCUGGAGAGAUGGCUCAGCAGUUAAGAGCUGCUCUUCCAGGGGACAUAGGUUCAAUUCCCAGCACCUACAAUGGCAGCUCACACCUGUCUGUAACUCCAGUUCCAGGCUUCUGACACCUACAAACUGAGGUACAUGCAGGCAAAACACCAAUGAAUAUAAAAUAAAAAUAAAUGAUAUCUACUUACACAUAUAAUAAAUGCAAAAAUACAAAUAUGUAUAUAUACAGACACACAUGUGUAUAUACAUUUAAAUUCUUGGUGCUAUUCUCGUGUGGUAGUACAUGCCUUUAAUCCUAGUACUCAGAGGCAGGUGGACCUCUUGAGUUCAAGGCUAGUAUUCAAAAAAAAAAAAAAAAAAAAAAAAAGCAGUGCCCAGAGUUAAGGCCGAAAGAUUGAGCCCACAAGUUAAUUUAUCCAUUUUGUUUUAACUAGAAUUAAAAUAAUAAUUUUUAGAUUUAUUUUUGUGGGUUUUUUUUUUUUUUUUUUUGCAUGUUUAUAUUACAAUGUCCAUGCCUGGUAUCCACGAAGGUCAGAAGAGCUUUAAUCUAGAACUAAAGUUAUGGAUGGCUGUGAAUCAUGGGUGCUCGGAACUGAACCCAGGUCUUGUGCAAGAGCAACAUGUCCUCUUAACCACUGAGCCGUCUCUCCAGCCUUCUUUAACUAGAAUGAUCAUAUUAUUCUGUGGUUCUUGUAAUAAUGUUGUGUUUAAUGUAGGGACAUUCUGUAACCACUACUGAGAACAGCGAGCUUUUUGUGGAAAAUGUGACAGCAUUUAUUUUUCAGAUUGCAUAGAUAUCUUAUGACUGGAAAUUAUCACCUGUCUUAGUCAGGGUUUCUAUUCCUGCACAAUCAUCAUGACCAAGAAGCAAGCUGGGGAGGAAAGGGUUUAUUCAGCUUACACUUUCCAUUCUGCUGUUCAUCACCAAAGGAAGUCAGGACUGGAACUCAAACAGGUCAGAAAGCAGGAACUGAUGCAGAGGCCAUGGAGGGAUGUUCUUUACUGGCUCGCUUCCCCUGGCUUGCUCAGCUUACUUUCUUACAGAACCCAGGACUACUAGUCCAGGGGUGGCACCGCCCACAAGGGACCCUCCCCACUUGAUCACUAAUUGAGAAAAUGCUUUACAGUUGGGUCUCAAUGGAGGCCCUUCCCUAACUAAGCUCCUCCUCUGUGAUAACUCCAGCUGUGUCAAGUUAAUACACAAACCAUCCAGUACAGCACUUGAAACAAAAACUUUAAGGUAUCAAAUUGAGCUUAAAUAUUCAUGUAAUAAAAUGUUUAUAGUACUUCUCUGAUAA